UCAUUAACCCCGUGCCUCAUUUAGCAUUUGCAUUGGCGACAUGUCUACAGCUUAAGUUACAACUACAGUACUAGCUAGAAAGUUAACUCACCAUAUUUGGAUCCUCAUAAGCGACAACCCAUGUCAUCGAAUUCUCAUAAUCUCAUCUCUCCAAGCCACCACACAGCUUAAAUUACACCUACUUUACUAGCUAGCAAGUUAACUCGCUAUAUUUGGAUCCUCACAAGCGACAACUCAUUUCAUCGAAUUCUCAUAACCUCAUCUCUCCAAGCCACCAAGUAUUAGCUAUAUAAGACGAACCUUUGAUGAUCUACCACACCAAACUGCGCCGACGCUAGAUACAUUGGUAGGGCUGACACAAUCGACCUCCGGCGGCGGCGACGUGCAUAGGUACGCAGAAGCAAUGGCGCCUCCACGCCGGCCGAGCAUGGGGCGGCAGAAGAUCGAGAUCCGGCGCAUCGAGAGCGACGAGGCACGGCAGGUAUGCUUCUCCAAGCGCCGCGCGGGGCUCUUCAAGAAGGCCAGCGAGCUCUCCAUCCUCUGCGGCGCCGACGUCGCCGCCGUCGUCUUCUCCCCCGCCGGCAAGGCGUUCUCGUUCGGCCACCCCUCCGUCGAGUCCAUCCUCGACCGCUUCCUCGACACCUCGCCCGGGGCGGGGGGCGGCCUCUCCUCCGCAGGCGACCGCGCGGUCUCCGAGCUGAACCGCCAGUACGGCGAGCUCCGCGCGCAGCUGGACGCGGAGAAGGCGCGGCAGGAGCGCGCCGACGAGACCAUCCGCAAGGAGCGCGCCGCGAGGAGCCAAGCGAUGGCGUGGAUCGACGCGGACCUGGGAGCCAUGGGCCACGACGACCUCGUCGCGUUCUGGGGCGCGCUGAUAGGCGUGCAGGCCGCGGUGGCGGCGAGCGCUGACCAACUGCUGCGCGACGCGCUGCUCGUCGGGCGCAGGGGGCGGCAGCCGGCCCAGCUCGCCGGCGGCGCGGCCUUCGACGUCGGCGCGUUCGGCGUUGGCAUGCAGCCGCCUCCGGGGUUCGCCGGAGUCGACCUGCAGGUGCAGGGGUUCGGAGGACAGGCUACCAUCCUCGGCCCCUCCUUCUGAAGUGAUCGAGUGCAUGUGUUUCUUUUAGCUUCGGAGAUCCAUCGUCACAAAAAAAAAGUCAAAUGUCCAGGCAAAGAAUAUACAAAGUUCCAAGUAUCAAAAUGCGUUCAACACA